AUGAAUCCUCAUCAGAAGAACAAGGUUGACGUCAAGUCCCUCUCCCCCGAGGAGCAGCGUCUCUUCCGCCUGUACGGAAAGCUCCCCAACCGUUCCGAUCACUUCGCCAAGCAUCUCAAGGAGCGCAAGUACUUCGACUCAGGCGACUACGCCAUGUCCAAGGCCGGCAAGGGCGACGGCGUCGACGCCGGCGCCGUCGGCUCCCAGCAUCCCGUCCCCGAGAAUAUCCCCCACCUGUCGUCGCCUGUCAACAACAACAGCGGUGCCGUAUCUACCUCGCCCAAUGGCUCUGCCUCUUCUUCCCUCCCCGGGUCUGGUCCCACCGCACCAGGUGGUGUCAUCCCCAAGCACGCCCAUCAUGGGUCCGUCCCGGGUAUCCAGGCUGGCAGUCCCAUAAAAGAGGGCAGCUUCCUCCAGCGUGAGACUAGCGUCGAUGACCUGGACGAGGACGACAAGGGCGGCGAUGACGCUUCUGGCCGUCUUGCUGCCGCCGAGGGUAUCCCUAUCCGCCGUUGA